AUCUCUUUCUUUACAUAUUUCCUUUUUUGUCAAAUGAGGAAAAAGGAAAAAAUGGUUGAAUACCAGAUCAAAAUCUGAACACAAGUGGUUAAAUUUGACCAACCCUCUUGGACUAACCGUAUGGGAGUUCGAUUUUGGAGUCCUCAAAGUUUUACGGACAAAACUGUUGAGUGAAACGCGUCAAAAAAUACAAACAUCAGCCCUCGACUGUCGGAUUCAUUUUUAAAUUAACGAACAAACUUGAAAUAUAUUUGAAAAUUCAGAUGCAUGGAGCAUGUUGUGUGCGUUGUCAGAACCAUGUUUUGUCCGUUUGAAGGCAAUAUUUGAGCAAAAACAUGUUACAUUCUCCAUUAUUACGUAAUGUGAAGCUGUUUGAAUGAUUAAGAAUGGGUGAAGAACAGUGGUAGGUCUGCAUUAUGAAUCAGGUCAGACUUCAGAGUUGUUGGCCUUUUGUUCAUCACUUAACACGGAUCAGUUGAAAAGUCAGCCAUUUCCCACCGCUGAAGUCUUGGUCUUCAGAAUCACCGUCUUGAUUCUUUCAUGCAUAGUUUGCAGAUCUCUGCCUUUACAUAUAUUUAUAAAUAGAAUUCUGAAGCCAUUUUAUUCAAAUCAGCCAUUGCAGAUCAUUAUUUACUUCUAGUGAAUAUGGCUGCAUUUAGAGCUUCAAGUUUAUUGUAUUUCCAGGAUUCUUCUUCCUCGUCUUUUUUCUCUGCAAAUUACAGCAGAGGAGUUUGUAAAGCUACGAUCAGUCCACCUGUGUUUCAGCCUACGCCUCUGUCAUUUCCUAAGUUGCAAAACAGAGAGUUGGUUGAGAAGUUGGACAUGGGGAGCGGGUUUAAGAUUCCAACGUUUACAGAUGCAGCUGCUGAUAGACAUUCAAACAGCAACAGUGCGAGUUGUCUGGAUCCCGUUGUGGCUACGAAGUUGUACACGAUUAUGGAGGCCGUAGCGGAUAGAGUGGAAAUGCAUCGGAAUAUCGGGGAGCAACGGGACAAUUGGAACCAUCUCUUGCUGACUUCCUUGAAUGCAAUUACUCUUGGAGCUGCUACCAUGGCUGGAUUGGCAGCUGCAGCCACAACCGGAGCACCGAUCAUGGCGCUAAAGAUGUCUUCGACAUUGCUAUAUUUAGCAGCCACGGGAAUGUCGGCGGUGAUGAGCAAGUUACAACCAUCCCAACUAGCUGAAGAACAAAGAAAUGCUGCAAGAUUGUUCAAGCAGCUUCAUUGUCAGCUUCAGUCCAAACUCUCUCUUGGAAAUGUUAACAUCAACCAAGUAGAUGAAGCAACGGAGAAAGUCUUGGCUUUAGAUAGAGCAUACCCUCUUCCUUUACUAGGAUCCAUGAUUGAAAAAUUUCCCACCACCGUGGAGCCUGCAACUUGGUGGCCUCAAAAAAGGUCAAUGCACAAACUAAUUAAGCAGGCAAGGACAAAGUGCAGUGGAAAUGGUUGGAGUAGAACUCUAGAAGAUGAAAUGAGAGAGAUCGUUGGAGUAUUAAAGAGAGAAGACCAGCAAGAAUACUUGAGAUUGAGCCAAAAAGCAUUACAAAUCAACAAGAUUUUAGCAGUUUCAGGUCCAUUGUUAACCUUGCUUGGGGCAUUUGGGUCUGCUUUUGUGGGCUCUUGUUCAGGGGCUUGGCCUGUUUUGCUUGGAGUUGUAGCUGGAUCUAUGGCAAGCGUUGUGAAUACAAUGGAGCAUGGUGGACAAGUUGGGAUGGUGUUUGAAAUGUACAGAAGUAAUGCAGGUUUCUUUAAGCUCAUGGAAGAAACGGUUGAAUCAAAUAUAAACUUGAGAGACGUUCAGAAAAGGGAGAAUGGAGAAGUGUUUGAAAUGAAGGUUGCUCUGCAAUUGGGAAGAAGUUUAUUGGAGCUCAGGCAAUUAGCUGCAUCUGGGGAAGAGUUGGGAGAGCUCGCAAGCAAGCUUUUUUAAGUUCCUGUUUUUCUAGUGGAGUUG